AUGUACCAGGAGGUGGCCUUCCUGGCAGGGAGCGCGGAGCACCAGUUCACCACCUUCCACUUCAAAAACCGUCUGGAGAACCCCCAGGAGGUCACCUCCAAGAAAGGCCUGUUCUACAAGCGGGCACAGCUUCUGCUUCAGCCCCAGCCCCGGCCAAAGGACGGGGACGAUCUGGGCCUGGCCGACGGGACGGCCAUCAUCAACGUGGGGGGCAUCAAGUACCGCAUCCCGUGGUCCACGCUGGAGGAGUUCCCCCUAACGCGGCUGGGCAAGCUGCGCAGUUGCAGCAACGAGGAAGAGAUCAUGGACGUGUGCGACGACUACGACGGCAGCCGCAAUGAGUACUUCUUCGACCGCAGCCCUUCGGCCUUCCGCACCAUCGUCACGUUCCUGGCGGCGGGGAAACUGCGCCUGCUGCGGGAGAUGUGCGCCCUGUCCUUCCAGGAGGAGCUGCUGUACUGGGGGGUGGAGGAGAACAACCUGGACUGGUGCUGCUUGCGGAAGCUGCGGCUUCGCCAGGAUGAGUACAGGGAGAUGCAGAGGCUGGAGGAGGAGGAGGCCGAACUGACCUCGCCGCAGUCCUGCGAGGAAUCCCAGCAGCCCCCCGGCAUUGGGGAGCAGGAGGAGGGCCUCGGAGAGGGCGGAUGCAUGCGGCGGCUGCGGGACAUGGUGGAGAAUCCUCACUCCGGCAUCCCAGGGAAGAUCUUUGCCUGCCUGUCGGUGAUUUUUGUGGCCAUCACCGCUGUGACGCUGUGCGUCAGCACCAUGCCGGACCUCAGAGAGGAGGAGGAGAGGGGCGAGUGUUCCCAGCGGUGCUACAACAUCUUCGUGCUGGAGACGGUGUGUGUGGGUUGGUUCUCCCUGGAGUUCCUUCUGCGCUUCAUCCAGACGCAGAGCAAGUGCACGUUCCUGCGCACGCCCCUCAACAUCAUCGACGUGGUGGCCAUCCUGCCUUACUACACCACCCUCAUCGUGGACUCGCUGUCGGUGGAGAAGCCGACCGGCUCAGGCAACAACUACCUGGAGAAGGUCGGGCUGGUCUUGCGCGUGCUCCGGGCCUUACGGAUCUUCUACGUGAUGCGUUUGGCCCGCCACUCAUUGGGCCUGCAGACGCUGGGGCUGACGGUGAAGCGCUGCACACGCGAGUUUGGCCUACUGUUGCUCUUCCUGUGCGUGGCCAUGGCCCUGUUCUCCCCGCUGGUCUUCUUGGCGGAGAGCGAGAUGGGUGCCAAGCAGGAAUUCACCAGCAUCCCUGGCAGUUACUGGUGGGCCGUUAUCUCCAUGACCACGGUGGGCUAUGGGGACAUGGUGCCAAGGAGCAUCCCCGGCCAGGUGGUGGCGCUCAGCAGCAUCCUGAGCGGCAUCCUGCUCAUGGCGUUCCCCGUCACCUCCAUCUUUCACACCUUCUCUCGCUCUUACCUGGAGCUGAAGGAGGAGCAGAGCCGGGCGCUGAGGCAGAAGCUGGACUCUCAAGACAGCACCAAGUCGCAGAACAGCGAGGACUCCCAGGAGACGGACAGCUACCAUGGCAUUACGGAGGCCGCCAUCUCCGCCGUGCAGCAGAGGAAGUCCAUGGUUUUAGCCUCUCAGAGGGCUGCGGAGAUCAGGAAGUCCACACAAACCUAG